GCGAUCGUACAGUAAGCUGUCAAAAGCUUGUUGCUUAAAUCUGUGCAGAGCUACAAAGUAAGGAAGAAAUGAGGUCGGAAUCGCCGUAGAAAUAACAAGCUUUAAUUCUACGAUCGGGACGCGACUCAGACGUUCGCCUGAGGCGACAUUUCGGGAAGACUUGACAUCUUCUUUUCCCGUGAGUUCGGUUGCCGUGUCGUGUGUCCUAGCUUGGUGCGUGAUAGUCGUCUCCUGUGGGAAGCGGUUCAUCGUGAUGAUGAGAUUACCCACAGAAAGUGCCUUUGAGAAGAUGUCCCCGACCUGAAGUUGGACUGUGGUUGGCCGACGCUCUGUUUUAGGGUCACACUCGAACAGCUCCGAGCACACGUCUCUACAUAGCCGCGUCACCCAAGGGAAGGCUAGGUUUGAGCCAUAUGGAAAGAGGAUGAUCAAGAUCGACAACACUCACCAGAUCAUUUAUGACUAACGUGACAAGUCACUGUCCUUUUUGAAAUCCGUUUUAAAAACAGCAACUUCAAGUCUUUAGCUGACCAGACUUUUCUGCAGCAGCUAAAUGAGGAGUCGCCCACCUGUUGUAAAAGGAGAAAGAACCAUAUCUACGAGUUUAAAUCAACCUACUGGUUUUAGUUUUUAGGUUUAUCGGCGAUAGGAUUGACUUUUCGUAUCUAUUGUAUGAUCAAACCCUUUGGAUAUGGCGCUGAAUAUGUCCUCAGUAAGAGACACAAAAUGGCUAACGCUGGAAGUCUGCCGACAGUUCCAGAGAGGGAACUGUUCACGUAGUGAUGAGGAAUGCAAAUUUGCUCAUCCACCGAAGAGCUGCCAAGUGGAGAAUGGGAGAGUCAUUGCCUGCUUUGACUCACUGAAGGGAAGAUGUUCCAGAGAAAACUGCAAAUACCUUCAUCCGCCGUCCCACUUAAAAACCCAGCUGGAGAUAAACGGACGCAACAAUCUGAUCCAGCAGAAGACGGCCGCCGCCGUCCUCGCUCAGCAGAUGCAGCUCAUGAUCCCCGGACAUGGCCUGCAGCCUGUGCAAACAUUUCCCGUCACACAGGGCCUUGGCACAAACGCCGGUCUGGGUUACGGUUCCUACAUGUCCCCACUGAGCCACGGAAUGAGCCUCAUUCCCUCGGACAUCCUCUCCAGCACCCCGGUUCUCGUCCCCGGCAGUUCACCCGUUACAGUCCAGUGCUCCUCCUCCUCGUCCUCCUCCUCCUCUUCCUCCUCCUCUCCCUCGCAGAAGCUGCAGCGUACAGACAAACUAGAGGUGUGUCGAGAGUUUCAGAGGGGAAACUGUGCGAGAGGGGAGACAGAUUGCCGCUUCGCUCACCCCAGUGACAGCCCCAUGAUUGACACCAUGGAUAACACUGUCACUGUUUGCAUGGAUUACAUGAAGAGCCGCUGUUCCAGAGAGAAGUGCAAGUAUUUUCACCCGCCUGCACACUUGCAGGCCAAAAUCAAAUCCAGUCAGCAAGUCAAUCAGACGGCCGUGGCGGCUCAGGCCACAGCUGCAGCCAUGACUCAGUCGACUGCCAAAGCAAUGAAGCGACCCCUCGAGGCAACUGUAGACCUGGCCUUCCCUCACAGCAUCCUGCAACCUGUACCAAAGAGACAAGCUCUUGAGAAGAGCAGCUGGGCCAGCUCUCUCCUCAGCCCCAGUUUAUUGCACUACCACCAGACUCUGGCCAACACACAACUGCAGCAGCCAACUGCAGCGUUUUACCCCACAGGUUCGGUCUUGUGCAUGACUCCUGCUAACAGCAUCGUCCCCAUGAUGUACAGUGCUACGCCUGCUACUGUCUCUGCAGCAACUACUCCCGCCACAAGUGUCCCCUACGCAGCAACAGCACCAACCAAUCAGAUCAUCCUCAAGUAACCGCCAGAGACAGGAGUCAGUGCCAUGUUGCAGCUGUUAAAGGUCUCCAUCAACCGCUCUGUAAAUACACUGUUAACGCCGCACGCAACAUACAACAGGCUGCAUGCUGAUAACAUCUCUGGGCUUCAGAAAAAAAAAAAAUGUACACAUCAAAUUGACUUUUCAUGAUAGAUUAUAUUCAGUAACAAAAACUUGUAGGAUUGUACAAUGUUAGGUAGGCGUCACAGAUGUAUGCGCACACCUUUCCACUCCUGCUAAACAUGCGUCCUCAUUAACGUGGAUGUGAGGCCGGUGAGAGAUUUUCUCAUUUACUGGACGGAGUAAAUGUUCUGAUGCGUCACCAGGACAGCCAUGAAAAUGAGACCGUAGAUCAGGAUCGUAGACACAUUAGUGACACCUCCGUGAUCUGGACGUCAAUAGAAUUGUAACUAUUUUAUAAAUGUAAAUAUUUUAGGUGGAAAGGAUUAGUCUAAUCUGAAAUCCCGUUCAGUGUGUAGACCGUAAAGUCAAUGUCAGGUAUACAGGGGUCCUGUAUUGGAGAUUGUUACAAUUUUAUUUUCAUUUAAUUGAACUUUUUCUUCUUUUUUUUUUUUUAAUGUUAUUUAAACUAAAAAAAUUUUGUUUGUCACAUUAAUGAUUGUUUAUCUAGUGCCAGAUGUAAUUAUUUUAAACUGGUGAAAAAGCACUUAUUCUAACUUUAAGCUUGAUGUUUCAAAGAUGUAAUUUGACAGCAGGUUGAUGAACUCCCUUUAAAUUGCUCCUUAAAAGUCAUGCAUCUCUGUGCUUUGUUGCCAGAGAACUGGAUCAGUGCUCCACCUCCUGGUGUGCCUUUGCAUUGUAAGAACAGGCUGUCGGCCGAGAGAAAAUAACCUGUAAUCCGUUUAAUUUAUUACCUUGAGCCUAAAUUGCCCUGUUAUGGAUCUAUAAGUACUUUUCACUUGUUUAACAUUGAUAGAGAAAACCAGACGCUGCAAAUAAUGUUUAUAACAAGAGUCUCCACAGCCAUGGACGUGAACUCAGUAAGCGUGUAGAAUUACUGCUACUCAUAUUCAAACCCAGGUUUUUGUGAUCCUCGUCAGGGUUACUCGUGGAGUCUUGUGUGAACAGUUAGUCUUAAUGUUACAGUCACCUGUCAGUACUGUAUUAUUUGAAUGUUACAAGUGCCUAAAGAGCUGUGCAUGCAACGACAUCUACGCAUAUUUAGAAGGCUUUACGU